GCUUGUUAUUAUCUACUGCUUCUUUGGGAUAGGAGCUCUUUCUUCUCUUUGCUUUCCUGCUGGUUUCUGAAACUUUUUCUUGAAAUGACCAAAGGAAAAACACAGCCCACAAGAAGCGGAUAAUACUGUCCUGUUGUGCGAAAGGUUCAGUUACACAUUAAUGUGGUCCUUUGCCAGUCAACAAAGAAGAGCAAGAGUUUAUGAUACUGUGUUUAUCGCAUGAAGUCAUUACCUUCAUGCACUUUGCUAACACUUCUGAUUGGGAGAAUAGAGGUAGGGGCCAUGUAGGGCAGUCUGCUCUUAUUGCUGAAUCAUGCGCAACCCUUCACCUCUAUGAGGUUUGUUUGUUUGUUGCCAGCCUUAUAAUCUAUCAUAGUUUUUAGAAAGCUGCAUUUUAUGCCUUGCAUUUCUGGGAGAGAUACCAGGAGCAUUGGAUACACUGACCCCCUUCCAGAGGUGAGACUCCAGCGUCUCUCAACAUCAUGUCCACAGCCCUCGACAGCUUCUGUGGAUCGACUUUUUGGAAUUCUUCAUUUCUGGACCGGGCUGACCCAGACUUGCCUGUGUGUGUGGAGCGGACGGUUCUGGUAUGGGUACCAUUGGGCUUCCUGUGGGUUUGUGCCCCCUGGCACAUCGCCACCCUCUUCAAGAAGAGAGCCCAAACAGCACACCUCUCUCGACUCUACCUCUGCAAACAGGCGAUGGUCAGUCUCCUGUUCCUGACAGCUGUUGCUAGCUUAGCUGUCACGGUGGCAGAGGACUUCGGGCCCCUGAGGGACGAGACCUCCAAAGGAAAAAACCCAGCCGUGCUUUAUACCAAUCCUGUCCUGUACGCCAUAUCGUGGCUACUGGUCCUCGUGUGCCAAGAGAGUGUGCGUCGGCGGGGCAAGUCCGGUGACUCUGGAACCCUCUUUCUUUUCUGGAUCCUGUCAGUGCUCUGCGAGGUAUUCGCCUUCCAGACUCUUCUACGGGAAGCACUGGCACAGGGUAGCAUUCCUGAUGUGCCACGGUUCUGCCUGUUCUACAUCUCCUAUGGCCUCCAGGUGAUCUGCCUCAUCCUGUCGUCUUUUGCUGAUGUCUCCCCAGAAUCCUUUGGCAAUAUUAAAAAGAAUCCAGAGGCAGGAGCUUCAUUUCUCAGCAGAAUCACUUACAAUUGGUUCAACAGUAUGGUUGUAAAGGGCUAUAAGAGGCCCCUGGUAGAAGAGGACCUAUGGGAGCUCAAUCAAUCUGAUGCCACUCAGACCAUCUAUGGCAAGUUUGAGAAGAGGAUGAACUGGGAGUUGAGGAAGGCCCGAGGCAAGCUGGAGAGGAAGAAGAGGGACCGGAAGGUGGAGGCACAACAGAAUGGAUUAUCCAAAGGCGUCAGCCAGGAUGUACUGGUGAUGGAGGAGAAGGGAAAGAAAAAAGUAAAGCAAAAGCAGAAGGAGAAAAGGAGUUACGCCCAAUCCUGGCUCAUCUCCUCCCUGAUGAAGACUUUCAAGUGGGUGCUGGUUGAGUCGGCAGUCUUGAAGCUGUUGCAGGACCUGCUGACCUUUGUCAGCCCGCAGCUAUUAAAGCUAAUGGUCUCCUUCACACAGGACUCUUCCAUGCAUACAUGGCAGGGAUAUGUUUAUGCAAUCUUGCUGCUGCUGGUGACAAUCCUGCAGUCUGUGUUAUUACAGCAGUAUUUCCACCGCUGUUUCGUCCUGGGAAUGCAAGUACGCACUGCCAUCAUGGCUGCUGUCUACAAGAAGGCCCUGGUGGUAUCCAGCGAUGCGAGGAAAGAGUCGACGAUGGGCGAGACAGUGAACCUGAUGUCGGCUGAUGCCCAGCGCUUCAAUGAUGUCACCAACUUCAUCCACCUGCUGUGGUCCUGCCCCCUGCAGAUCAUCCUGGCCAUUGUGUUCCUGUGGCUGGAGCUGGGCUACGCCGUGCUGGCUGGACUGGGGGUCAUGGUGCUGAUGGUCCCUAUCAAUGGCCUGCUGGCAACCAAGUCCAAAGGCUUCCAGAUGAAAAACAUGCAAUAUAAAGACAAGCGUAUGAAGAUCAUGAAUGAAAUUCUCAACGGCAUCAAGAUCCUCAAACUCUAUGCCUGGGAGCCCUCCUUCGAAGCCCAGGUCCAGGAAAUCAGAGACAAGGAGCUGAAAGUGAUGCGUAACUUUGCCUACUUGGCCUCAGUUUCUACAUUCAUAUUCUACUGCGCACCAGCUCUGGUGUCCUUGGUGAGCUUCGCUGUGUUUGUCUUGGCCAGUCCUGAUAACAUCCUGACCGCAGAGAAAGCCUUCACUUCCAUCUCCCUCUUCAACAUCCUGCGCUUCCCCCUGGCCAUGCUGCCCAUGCUUAUUUCCUCCAUGGUGCAGACGGGUGUCUCUCUGAAACGCCUGGAGAAAUUCCUAGGCAGUGAUGACCUGGAUACCACAGCAGUGCGCCAUGACACCAGUUUCAACACGGCUGUGAGCGUCUGUGGUGCUACUUUCUCCUGGGAGAAGAGUGCAGAUCCGGUUUUGAAGAAUGUGUGUCUGGACAUCACGCCCGGCCGGCUGGUGGCAGUGGUGGGAGCAGUGGGAUCUGGGAAGUCCUCUCUGGUAUCAGCUAUUCUGGGAGAAAUGCACACGAUCAGAGGCUACGUGAACAUUAAGGGCUCUUUGGCCUAUGUGCCCCAGCAAGCAUGGAUUCAGAAUGCUACGCUGAAAGAUAAUAUCCUGUUUGGGUCGGCGCUGCAUGAGGAAAGGUACCAGUCAGUGCUGGAGUCUUGUGCUCUGCUGCCUGACCUGGAUCUGCUGCCUGGGGCUGACCAGACAGAGAUUGGGGAGAAGGGAAUAAACCUUAGUGGGGGCCAGAAACAGCGGGUCAGUCUGGCCAGGGCAGCCUACAGCUCAGCUGACAUCUUUCUGCUGGAUGACCCCCUGUCCGCAGUGGAUGCUCAUGUGGGAAAACAUCUGUUCGAGAAAGUGGUGGGACCGAAGGGGCUGCUCAAGGACAAGACUCGUAUACUGGUGACACAUGGAGUGAGCUUCCUCCCGUACAUGGAUGAAAUUGUGGUGCUGGUGGAUGGAGAGGUGUCUGAAAUAGGCUCCUACAGCAGCCUGUGUAACAGUGGAGGAGCCUUCUCCAAGUUCCUGAGCACCUACGCCAAAGAAAACAACACUAAAAUCUCACAACAGCAGGAUGGAGUACUAGAGGGAGAAGAGCAAGAUGUGCUACCUGAUUCCCCGGAGCCCCAGGUGGACAGCCCUCCUGAAGACAUAGUGUCUGUGACACUGAAGAGGGAGACCAGCCUGCGUCGCAGCCAGCGCAACGGCAGUGUGAAGCAGAGCAGACGCACCUCACAGAGGAAGUCCACUGAGGUGAAGACAGGCCAGCGACUGAUAGAGAAGGAAGCAAUGGAAACGGGACAGGUGAAGUUCUCAGUUUAUCUCCAGUACCUGCGGGCGAUGGGCUGGGGCUUCUCCUCCUUGGCCCUCCUGGCAUACUUCUUGCAGAAUGUGGCCUUCAUCGGGCAGAACCUUUGGCUGAGUGACUGGACCACCGAUUCAGUGAAUUAUAUCAACGAGACCUACCCUGCCCAUGUGCGUGACAUGAGAGUGGGCGUGUUUGGAGCACUCGGAGUGGCACAAGGUGUGUUUGUGUUCAUUGGGACUCUCUUCAACACAACCGGCGCAAUCUCCGCCUCUCGGAUCCUGCAUACACGGUUGCUGCGCAAUGUCCUGCGGGUGCCCAUGGUCUUCUUCGACACCACGCCCUCUGGCAGGAUUGUCAACCGCUUCGCCAAGGAUAUCUUCACAGUGGAUGAGGCGAUCCCCAUGUCGUUCCGGAGCUGGCUAAUGUGUUUCCUGGGAGUGAUUGGCACUCUGUUUGUCAUCUGCCUGGCCACUCCAUUCUUCACCAUUGUGAUCAUUCCACUCGGAGUCAUUUAUUUCUUUGUGCAGCGAUUCUAUGUUGCCACCUCAAGACAGCUGCGGCGUCUCGAUUCUGUCUCCCGCUCGCCUAUCUACUCUCACUUUGGGGAGACGGUGGCCGGGCUGUCCAUCAUCAGGGCCUAUGGCCAUCAGGACCGCUUUCUCCAGCAGAAUGAAGCCACCAUUGACCAGAACCUCAAGUCUGUCUACCCCUGGAUUGUUUCCAAUAGGUGGCUGGCGAUGCGCCUGGAGUUUGUGGGCAAUCUGGUGGUGUUCUUCUCUGCUCUGCUGGCGGUGAUCUCUCGGGACUCUCUGUACAGUGGCCUCGUGGGGCUUUCCAUCUCCUACGCACUCAAUGUGACCCAGACUCUGAACUGGCUGGUGAGAAUGACCUCAGAACUGGAGACUAACAUUGUGGCAGUGGAGCGCGUGAGCGAGUACACUGAGAUCGACAAUGAGGCACCCUGGAUCACAGACAAACGUCCACCCCAGAACUGGCCUGAUUCUGGCAAGAUCCAGUUUAAAAACUACAAGGUUCGGUACCGACCUGAGCUGGAUCUGGUACUACAUGGGAUUACCUGUGACAUUGAGAGCACUGAGAAGAUCGGCAUCGUGGGGAGGACGGGUGCCGGGAAGUCCAGCCUCACAAACUGCCUGUUUCGCAUCAUCGAGUCGGCGGGGGGCCACAUCCUGAUCGACGGGAUUGACAUAGCAACGCUGGGGCUGCACGACCUCAGGAGCCGCCUCACCAUCAUCCCGCAGGACCCUGUGCUGUUCUCCGGGACCCUGAGGAUGAAUAUAGACCCAUUUGAGAAAUUCAGUGACAGUGAGAUAUGGAGGGUGUUGGAGCUGUCCCAUCUGAAGGAAUAUGUGGACGGAUUACAAGAAGGACUCUACCAUGAAGUCACAGAAGGAGGGGAGAAUCUUAGCGUGGGGCAGCGGCAGCUCAUAUGUCUUGCCAGAGCCCUGCUGCGGAAAUCUCCUAUCCUGAUCCUCGAUGAGGCCACCGCAGCUGUGGACCUAGAGACAGAUAACCUGAUCCAGACCACCAUCCGGCAGGAGUUCUCCCACUUCACUGUGCUCACCAUCGCCCACCGGCUUCACACCAUCAUGGACAGCUCUCGGGUGAUGGUGCUGGAUGCUGGGAAGAUUGUGGAGUUUGACUCUCCUAGUGUACUUCUUCAGAAGCAGGGCCAUUUCUACUCAAUGGCAAAGGAUGCUGGUCUGGCAACAGCAGAACACACAGCUCUCUGAGCAUCAGUCAAAAAGAUCCUGGGAUGAGCGCAUCCCAUAGUGUGACCAUACAGUACAUUCUGCAUGCU